AUGGACGUCAGCUGGAAUUCAAAGCUGCCGGAGGCCAUAGACGGGUCAUGGAGACGGCCAUUCCGACACAUGACUUUCAACGAGGACUCAACCGUGGAGCUACCGGAACUUCAACAAGUUGUGCGGCUCAUUCAGAACGAUGCAAACCGACUCCGUGCAGAACUUCAAGAGCUGGCUUGCUUUUCGGGCAUCGGCGCGAAGUUUCUGGAGGCACGAAGCAAUGCACUGGUCAGAGUGUCCUUGGCGGGCCAUGGUCUUCAAUACACGGUGGAUGGAAGUUGGCGCCCGCCCUUUCGGCAGCUGGAGUUUCAUGACGACCUGGUCAUGUUCCCGGACAUUGGCCAUUCCGCCCAGCUUCCGAAACCGGCAACAGCCUGCAUCCGGUCCACUCUGCAGGUGCUGGCCGCUGAGAUGGGUUUCGGAGCAUCCUUCGUUGAGGCCAGAGGCAAGGGCUGCGUGCGGAUGACGCUGGCGAGCCAAGGCAAGUUGCAGUACACCGUCGACGGAGCUUGUCGCCCUCCUUUCUCCAAGAUGCAGUUCGAGGACACUUUCGUGCACUUCCCAGAGCUGGGAACGACGGCCAAGCUGCCACAGGCCGAAGCGGCCGAAUUGAGGGCACAGCUUCAAGAUCUGGCGAUGGCGGCAUCUGUGGCCGUGCAGUUCAGAGAUUCGAGGGGUGCCGUGCGGGUGUUCUGUGCAGAUGAUCGACUCUUGCAGUGCUCCUUGGACGGGGAUGUGAUGCCGACUUUUCAGCAGAUGACCUUCAUGCAGGAUGGCUCCGUGGAUUUCCCUGAAAUAGGGCAGUCCUUCCAGCUACCGGAAGGUCUCGAAAGCCCGCUGAGGAGGCAGCUCCAGGAACUCGCUUGCAAGGUCCAUCUCGGAGUCAUGUUCCGCGGUGCCAGAGGUACCCGUGGAUCCGUUUUACGAUUUCAUGUCAGCUCUCGGUGCCUGCAGUACACCGUGGAUGGCUCGUGGCGCGCCCCAAUCCAGCAGAUAUGUUUUUCUGAGGAUGGUAUGGUCUCGUUUCCGGAGUUGCAGAAGACGGUCAGACUGCCAGAGGAAGAUGCAGAAUCCCUCAGGAUCAUGCUGCAAGACCUUGCAAGUCUCGCUGGGCUUGGGACUUGCUUCGUGGAGCCUCAAGGCAGAAGGUCCAUCCGAGUGUCCAUUGCCGGAGACGGCCUCCUGCAGUACUCGGUGAACGGAUCUUGGAGACCCUGCUUCCACGAGCUCCAUGUCCGGGAGGACGGUUGGCUCGAGAUUCCAGAGUUGGGCAAAAGUGCCAAGCUGCCGGACGGCCAAGCGACGGCGAUAGCCCAUCGCCUCCAAGAGCUCCAGCGGGCGUCCCAAAGGAGACCGCAAGGACAGUCGGGGACCGGCCCUGCGCUGUGGCUCGUAGUGGAUGCUGGCUGUGUUCAGCUCACAUCUCAAGAUCGGGACUGA